AUGAGUUCUGCAGGCGGUCGCGGGGGUUCUUCCCCCUCGCAGCCGCCGGGUGCAGCAUCAGCAGCAGCAGCUGCAGCAGCUGCAGCAGCAGACGCUACUACAAGCGUUGACGGAGCUGCGGCAGGCCGGCUGUAUAUGAGGGCCCUGAGCGGCAGCAGACAACGCAAGUCCGUCAGGCGAGACGCGCUGCUGCAUCAAUGUUGGGUUAAUCCUUGUUUGCCUCUAGACAAGGAGCAACAAAGGCAGCAGCAUCGAGAAAAGGAGGAGCAGGAAGAUGCUGCUGCAGAAGAAUGUAGGCUGCUGCUGCUGCAGCAGCGCGUUGCGGAGACCCACGUCGAGAUCGCUGAGGGCAAUGGAGCGGAGCCUUCCCAGCAAAAGGAGGGUGCUUCAGAAGCAGCAGCAGAUGCUGCUGCUGUUGCUGCCUCUCCAGCUGUUGCUGCUGCGUGCCCAGAAGAAGCAGAAGAGGAUGCCGACGCGGUCAAACGCGUAGAGCCGGUGCUUCCUGACGAGGCAGAAGCAGCAGCAGGAGGAGCAUCAGCAGGAGCAGGAGCAGCAACAGCAACAGCAGCAGGAAGUGCAUCCGAGGAGUGUGCCAGUGCUUCGCAAGAAGCACCGAGAGGGAGCGAUGCCGGCCUAAAUAGCAGCAUGAAUAGCGGCUGCUGCAGCAGCGGCAGCGGAGGAAGAGAGGGCAGCAGCAACAACAGCAGCAGCAGCACUCCUGAACCAGCUGGAGGGGGGACCCCUACGCCAGCCGCAAAGGAUUGCAGCAAGGCUGCCGCCGACUCGCCAGCCACAGCAGCAGCAGAAGCAACAACAGCAGCAAUAGCAGCAGCAGAAGCAUCUCUGCAACACCGCGUUCAAGUGCCCCUUGUCCGCAUCCUCACAACGCAGCCUUUCCGGGUGUUUGAUGCCUCUGUUUUCUGUUCUGCUGCUACAGCCCCAAGCAGGGGCAGAGGUCGUAGAGGUGCAGCAGCAGCUGCCAGACGUCUGCUGCAGCAGCAGCAGCACGAAGAAGAUAUGUUGCACGGCCCCCCUGUGCGUGGCUCUCGCGGUGCUCGUGGCCGGGGAAGGGGAGCAGCAGCAGCAGCAGCUGCUGCUGCUGCAGCUGCUGCGGCUGCUGCUGCCGAAGCAGAAGGAGGCGGGUUGGGAGGGCGCGCUGCUGCUGCUGCAGCGACUGAGCAGCAGCAGGAGGAGGCCUUCCGGCUGCUGCAUGAGGAGCAGCAGCAAAUGGCAGAGACCGUUGCAGACUGGGCCACAGACUUUAACUGUCUCGACCAGGAACUCGUAUAUGAAUACAUGUAUGCUGAUCGCCGUCUGCAGCAGCAGCAGCAGCUGCUGCUGCCACCGCAGCUGCGCGCAGCAGCAGGGGAUCUAUCGGGCCAGCAGCCGGAGCCGGGUUCUCUUCAAUCUGUGCAGCAGCAGCAGCGGCUGUUGCAGCAGCAGUCUGUCUGGCGACGGGAGGGAUUUGAUUCUGUUGGUGCAGCAAAGAUAGCCACUUGUGCUGUUGCAGCGCAGCGGGGAGACGCUCUGCUGUACGAGCAGCAGCAGCAUCCUCAUCGGCUUCCAAACCCAUUUCAGCUCUCAGUUUUGCAUGAGCCUCUCACUGCUGUGCAGCGUCAGGCUGCUGUAUUCUUUGCACAGGUUCCUGCUGCUGCUGUGGGUAGCAGCAGCCCAGCAGUUGUUACAGCAGCAGCUGCUUCAGCAGGUAGCGCUGUAUCCGCAGCGGGGGGGAAUGUGCUGCUGUUGCCGCAGCUGUGUUCAAAGACAGGGCUGCAGCAGCAGGAGCAGCAGCAAGCUGCAGCAGGAGCGGACAGCAGUGCUGCUCCUGCAGAGGGCGAGAGCAGCAGCAACAGCAGCAGCAGCAGCUCGUUCCCGCCGCCGCUACGGGACGUAGAUACCUUACGAUCGCUGCAGCAGAAUGUUUCGGUGCAGCUGGAGCGUGUGGAGUCGUGGCUGCUGCGAGUGACAGUGGCUUUGACGGAUGGCUGCAGCAGAACCCCACUGAAUGCAGCAGUUGAGGUGCCGGGAGCGCAGCAGACAGAGUCUGUGAGUUUGCUGCUGCAGCAGACGGUCGACCUGCCGCUGCCACCGGACCCCGUAGCAGCAGCAAAGGGGACAAUUUUGCCUGUCUCCAUGGGCAAUAGGCUGCACUUGGCGGAAGCAGAAGAGCUGCUGCAAGAGGGAUUGGUGCUGCAGCAGAUGGUAGGUGUUUCACACGAGCUGCAGCAGCUGCAGCAGCGCGUCCGACAGAGCAAACAGUUCGCCCAGCGCAUCUGUGCUGCUUUGAACGGCAGCAGCACUGGCAGCAGCAGCAGCAGCAGCCGCCGUGAGAAAGGAGAGAACGCAGCAGCAAGUGGCAACGGCAGCAAUAAGGGUCGCAUCCCUAUACAGCUGCUCCGCAGCUUGCUUGUAGAGGGGUUUCAUGAAAUACCGUUUAUAGUUCCAGAGUUUAUAUUCCUGCUGCAGCAGCUGCAGCAGGUUGUCACUUGGCGGGAGUUGCUGCGGUCAGCAGCAGCAGCAGGAGACCUGCAGCAGUGUGAGCAGAUCCUUGCCCAGGCCCAGGACGUGUGCGUCUACAUACCCGGGUGGAGCGACUGGAAAGGGCACGUAGCUGCUGCUGCUUGGGCUGAGCGCGUAGACCGUUUGCUGCAGCGACCGAUACGGCUGGGGCUGGCGGUGGCUCUGCUGCAGGAGCCAUCUGCUGAGACAGCAGGGCCUUCCGCUCGAGAGCUGCAGCGUCGGGUUGCUGCUGCACGUGAGUGGGCGCGGGACUGCUUGCAGCCGCGGUAUUUGCAGUUGCUGGCAGCAGCAGGAGCAGAUGCUGCAGCACUAAAGGAGUUGCAGUCUCUGGCGGAGGGCUGUCCCCCUGCGCAGGAUGCAGAAAGGCGAGAGGAGACGCAAGAAAAGCAGCUCUCUCUCUUUCCUACGCCUGGGGACCUCGAGGCUCUUAUUGCGAGACAUACAGCACUUAAGCUCAUCGUUCCAGCCAUCAAAUAUCUGGAGGUUGUGUACGGUCGGUGGCGCAAGUGGGAGAAGCGGUUUGUGAAGACGGAGGGCGGCAGUUUGUCUUUGGCUGAGGCCCGGCAGGUGCUGCACGACGGGCAGGCGCUGCAGCAACAGCUGGAGAUAGGGGCUUGGCUGCGUCCUCUUUCGGUGUACGUGGAGCAGUGUGCUGCCUUUACAGACAGAGCGCGCUCGCUACUGGACCGAGCAGCUGCUGCUGCAGUUGCUGCUGCAGCUGUGCGUGUUGGAUGGGCUGUGGGGUCUCUAGACGGCUUCCGCCGCAAGGGCACUCUGCUGCCUGAAGAUCUGAUGCAUGUCCUCGAGCUGCAGACACACCGCAAGCAGGCGGAGCCAACUGCAGCAGCAUCUGCGUCAGCAGCCAAUCGAGACGCAGCACCAGAGCGACGCAGGGCGCCCUACGAGCAGCUUGUUGAGCUCAUCGCUAUCCACGAGGGCCUAGUGAUAAAAAACUGGGGCCUUCAUGGAGACCUUGUAGACCUCAGGGACAAGGCACAGCGGUGGCUGAAGAGGGCCCAGGACCUUCUCGCCAUUCCGCAGCAGCCAACGCCCUCGCAGCAGCAGCAGCAGCAGCAGCAGCAGCAGCAGCAGCAGCAGGUCGGGGACGUGGAGGGUGUGCGUGGCGAUUCAGCAGAAACAGCAGACAGUACAGCAGCAGGAGCAGGAGCAGCAGGAGCAGAGGGAGCAGCAGCCACUGCGGAGCCUCUGCAGAAGGCACUGCGUUCCUUGCUUCCUUGCAGCGCGAACACUGUGCGCCUUGCUGCGCUGCUGCUGCUGGAAAGCGACUCUGUCUGCUGCUGCCCCGAGCUCGAGACACGGCUGGAGCAGCUGCUGCUGUAUGCACUCUGGCGUGGGAGGGUCGCUAGGCUGCGGGCCCCAGCCCAAGACACCGUCGUGGAGGAGCUGCUUGCUGCACCCUCUCUGCAGCACUUCUCCGAAUGGAUAGACACCACAACACCUGUCUCCGUGCUUAUGGCUCGCGAAGCUGCUGCUGUCAGCAAACCGCCCCGCUCAAGAGGCCGCGACCAGAGGGCUCAGGCGGCCCUGCAGCUGGAGGCUGCUGCUGUUGCAGCUAACGAGAAGCAGGCUGCUUCACCUGAGGGCGCAGCAGCAGCAGCAGCAGAAACAGUGAAGGCAAUGGAUGUUGACGAAGCACGCGCCGGAGACGCCUCGCAGCAGCGUGAAAAGGUGGAGCCACUCCAGCAGCAGCAGCAGCAGCAGCAGCAGCAGGUGCUGGAUAACAGCAAACAACAACAGCAAUGGGCAGAGCUGACCGCUCUGCCCGAGCUAGAGUUCUUAAAGGCGCUUAGUGGCAUUGCUGCGGACUGGCAGCAGAAGGCACAACAGUUGCGCGAGGCUGUUCCGCGUCCGCGAGCGUCUGAGUGGCAGAAGCUGCUGCUCGAGGCUGAAGACCUGCCUGUACACCUGACUGCGGUUCGACAAGACAUCGCGCAGGCGCUGCAGCAGCAGCAGCAAGUGGAGGGUGAGCUCGCUGCUGCGCUGGCCUCUCCAGAGACGGCUGCAUCAUUGACCCAGUUGCGCGAGCUGCAGACCCGAGCAAGCAGCUGCAGCGUGUACAUUAGCUGCUUGGGGGAUACGGAGAAGAGGUUGCAGCAGCUGCAGCAAGUGGAAGCAGCAGCUGCCCUUCAUCUUCAAGCUGAGGACAAGCCUCGAGUGGAGCUGCAGCAGUUUGUGGAGCAGCAAGAGCAACUGUUGCAGCUACCUGAGCAUACACCCGAUUUGCCUUGGUUCACGCGCCUCAAGGAUGCCUGCAAAGCUGUCUCUCGCUGGAUAGAGGAGACAGAUCAGCUGCAUGCGCGCGGGGUGUCCUUGCGUCAGUGGCAGCAGCACGUACGACGGGGGCAGAGCCUCAGAAUCAAGCCAGAAGGGCUGCAGGAGCUGCAGGAGCAGCUGCAGCAAAGUGCAGACUGGUGUGUGGUGUAUCAACACCUCCUGGAGCUUCGCGCGACGGUCCGCUGCCACAGUGCAAGUGCCGCCGCUGGUGUUAUUGCAGAGAUGCUGCAGGACAGCUCGGGGCCUCUGACGAUCCUGCCGCCUGGAGCAGCAGAAGCAGCAGCAGCAGCGGCUGCUGCUGCUGCAGCGACACCUGGUCUGCAGCAGGAGCAGCAGGGGACACGAGUGAGGGGCUAUGUCUCUUUGCUGGAUGCGGAGCGGUUGACUCGGAAGCCCUUUGGCUUGGGCAAGUCUCUGCUUCCCUUUGCAGAGCUGCAGCAGCACGUCAAGACUGCGCAGCAGCUAAGGGAGCGCUGUGCUGCUGCGCUGCAGCAAUCGUACAGGGAGCGUGCAGCGUGUCUGUUUGGGAUCGCCGCGGGAGUCGAUCCCCAGCCGGACUUCGCCUCUCCAAUUUCAGAGUCCCAGGUGUUGUUCCUGUUCCGUCAGCAGCAGAAGGCUGCUGCAGAAUUAGCAGGAGACGCAGCAGCAGGAAUUGCUGCUGCUGUUGCUGCAGCUGAAGGCGUUGGGGAACAGCAGCAGCAGCAGCGACUGCUGCUGCUACAAAGGGAACAAGAGCAGCAGAUACUUGCGUUGCAGCUGCUGUCCCCUGAUGCAGCAAAUGCACUUUUGUGGAGGACGACCAGGAGACUGAGACGACUUGCUGCUGCAUGCGCUGCCAGCCGAAUCCACAUUAAAGAGAGGCGGCUGCUCAAGGUAGAGAUUGAGACGCGAAGGCUGCAGGUCAGAGAAUCUGGAGGCGGUCUCAAGGGUCCUACGCCUUCAACUGAGGGCCCCGCUGCUGAUGAGGCUGCAGCAGCAGAAGGUGAUGAAGAGGAAGAGAGUGCUGAGCCGCAGCAGCAGCAGCAACAGCAGCAGCAGCAGCAAGCGACCUCCGCAGCUGCUGCAGCCCAGCAGCAGCUGUUCGAGCUGCAACUGCAGCUGCAGCAGCAGCUGCUGCCACCUCAGCCGCAGCCUCAAGAAGAGCCACCGCCAAUGCGUAUAUCCCCUGUGAGGACACGCAGGCGGCAGCAGCUGGGUCUGGAGGAUGAAGAGCAGCAGCAGCAGCAACAGCAACAGCAGCAGCAGCAACAACAGCAACAGCAGCAACAGAAUCAGCAGCAACAGAAGCCGCCAGUCCCCACUCGCCGCAGCGCUCGUGCGCCGCGCCGCCCAAGGAUGCAUGGAGACGUAUUGAUACCGCUGACGACCCGUAGAUCGGCCAAGGCUGAGGAGGGAGGCGAAACAGCAGCAAGUGUUGGUGCUGCUGUGUCUCCUUCCGGUGACCAACAGCACGAGUGUGUGCAGCAGGAGCAGCAGCAGUUCGCACAGCUGCAGGAGCAGCAUGCUGCCGACGCAGAGGACGCGGGUGCUGCCCCAGAGGCAGCAGCAGUAGCGGCGGCGCCAGCAGCAGCGGGUGCGGACGUAGCAGCAGGGGCAGCAGCAGAAACGGCAGCAGGCGGAACAGUGCCGACAGGAGAAGCUUCAGGAGACCCUUUUGCAGGGGCUGGGGCAGCGGAGGAGCUUAGUGAAGAUGAAGAAGAGACAUUAAUGCUACAGGAGCUGCAUCCUUUGGAUGGAUCGGCCGGCGCUUCAUUUCUGCUGCAGCAGCAACAGUUGCUGCUGCUGCCAAAGCAAGAAGGGGAGGGUGCUGACGAGAAGCCUCCUUCCCCUGAGGGCGUUCGAGUGCUGGCGCUGGUGCAGGAGCUGCAGCGAUGCGAGGGCUGCAGCGCCGCCUCGCCUAUUGUGUCUUUGCCAGUUGAGUUGGUGGAUGGCCCUGCGUACAUGCGGCUGAGAGGCUUAGUAAGGGACACAGAGAAUUGGCUGCAGCAAUACAGAUGCAUGCGCCUGCCGGUGGUGCGGGAGGCGCAGCAGCCGCUGCUAGAUGAACUCCGUCUCAUGCAGCGCCCUCCUCAAGAGGACGCCUUGGCGGCUCAGGCGGGCUGCUGUUUUUGUGACAAGACCGCUGCCUUUGCAGCAGCACUUGAUGAGGACGAGGGCGGCGAAGAGCAGCACUGCGAACAGCAACAGCGCAUGCAGCAGCAGCUGGAGGGCAUCAGCCCCCCAGUCAAUACCGAUUUGCCUCCAGCGAGCGGAGACGCGGCGAUGUACACAGACCGUGCAGAGCCCGCGGCAGCAGCUGCGAGUACAGAGGCUGCUGCGCCUGCGGAAGCGGAGCAGCAAGCAGCAGCAGAAGCUGCUGCUGCUGCUGCUAGGGCACGUAAGGCGUGGCUCGAGGAGCGCGAAGCCGCGCUACAGCCGAAGCAUCCCCCGUUCGGGCCCUCAUUUAUAUUGAAGUGCGUGUUGCUGGUGCUGCCGUUAAUGACUGAGGAGCUGCAACGCCUGCUGCUAUACGCUGUUACGAAGGGAUUGACGCUCGAGACACUCAUGGGCCUCCAAGUCCACCUCAAGUUGCUGCUUGACGUUGCUGCUGCAGCAGAGGCAGACCGCACGCAGCAGGAGCAGCAGCAGCAAGCAUCCUCGCUUGAGGAUGAAUUACAGCAGCUGGAGCAGCAGCAGCAGCAGCAGCAGUGCCUGAGCUCAGCGGAGACUCAGGUUCUUGAAAAGGAGGGGAUGGCGGCAACAGAAGCAGCAGCAGGGGCUGAGGCGGAGUUUCGUCGAGUCUGGCCUAAUGGAAAGCCUCCUGGUUAUGCGUUUCAUCUCCUCACGGCCUAUGCUCUGCACUACAAGCAACUUACGGGCGGGAAGAUCAGCUGGCCUGUCUCCGAUGUGCGGUCUCUCCAUCCGUCUUUGCUGCGCCUUAUUGAGUCGAAGGCAAAACGCAGGGGAGACCAUGCGUCUACUCACGGCCUGUGGCUAACCAAAGGAGCCAACGCUCUUCCGGGGAAGGCCCGGGGGCCGAGCAACACGAAAAAGCAGCCAGCGGGUGUAGGCGAGACUGCAGCUGUGCAGCAGCAGCAGCAGUACACCCCUGAAAACACGGAUGCUGCUGCCGCUGUUGCGCCUCAGCAUCAGCAGCAGCAGCAACUGUCCCAGAAGCGUGCAGCUACUCGGCAACAGUCCCCAGGAGUCCCAGCAGGUGGCCAUGGGAAGAGAGUUAAACUAGCGGAGGCCUCAACGGAGCUCACCAGCGAGCAGCAGCAGCAGCAGCAGCUGCAGCAGCAUAUGCAGGACGAAGUAUCUGUGGCCGACUGUAGCGUAUCUUCUGCAAUUCGGGAUGAGUCGCAGCACGCAGGGCCUUUGCAGCAGCAGAAUGCAGCAGCUGGAACAACAACGGCAGGAGGACCUUCAGCAGCCGCUGCUGCUGCUGCAGUAGGAGGCUCGUUCCCCCAGCUGGGCAGGCGAGCGAAACAGAGCCACAAUUACCCUUGCCGCAACACAACUCCACGAAUAGGAGACGGGCGUAGGGUCCGUUGUUUCUCCUCUAAGGAGAUGCUGAGGGCUUCAGGGAUACCGCUCCCCACCUUCAGGGAGGGGUUGUUACUGCUGCUGCGCAUCUGCUGCUCCGGUGGCUUCCUCACGGGAGAGACAAUCUUGCUGCAGGCGCUGCUGGUGGCCCAGCUGCUGCUCAGCUGGUGGCUGCGCCAGCAAUACCCCUUCCUGCAGCAGGAAGAAGAUCUCAUGCGGAGGCAGCGCAGCGAAGCAGAGCAGGAGAAGACGGCAGCAGCAGCUGCUGCCGCUUCAGGGGACACCGAGAAACAGCAGCAGCUGCUGCGAUCAGCUCAGCAGCAACUCGUCCCAACUGCUCAAGGUACUCUGGCCCUCCCCUUACGUCGCCGCAUGCAAAUCUGCUGCAGCAGCAAAGCCCCAGCCUACCAGAACCCAUAUCGAUGCAUUGCUGCCACGGGCUUGUGCUCGAAGGAGGGCGUGAUGAAGGUGUUGGAGAAGCAGAAGGAGUUGCAGCAGCAGCAACAGCAGCAACAGGAGAGCCAACGGGACAUGAAGACCCGUCUUCUCGAUUGGCUGCGAACACCUACCGAGGAGGGCUGCAACCAGCAAAAGGAGCAGCAGCAACAGCCAGGUGCUGCUGCUGCAGAGGGAUUCUUUGAGACUGAAAGCGAAGUAGAGGAGACCCUGCAGGAUCUAUUCGAUCCCCAGUUCGCCCGGCAGCUACUUAUACAGCAGGAGCUGCAGCCAUCCGCUUCGGGCGGCCGUAGUAUGGACGACCAGAAGGCGCAGCUGCAAGACAAGCUGCCGCUUCAGCAAAAAGUGUUUCAGGAGCAGCAGGAACUGCAGCAAGACCUGCAGCAGGACUUGCAACAGCAGCGGCGGCAGCAGCAGCAAGAGGCUGUCACUCAACCUGUGUCCCCCCUAGGCGAUGCAACGCCUCCAGCUGGAGCGGAAGUAGCAGCAGCUGCAGCUCUAGAAGGGGAGGGCCCGGGUGAAGCAGUCAGCAUUCAGCAGCAGCAGCAGCAGCAACGAUUGCGCAGGCCUCCUGUGGGGCUCGCUGGUGCUGAGACGGCCUUCUGGCAAGGAACGCCUUGGGACGUUGGGCUUGAGGAUUGGGAAGUCCCUUCACUUGCUUUUGGUCUUGCAAGGCAGCAGCAGCAGCAGCAGCAGAAUGGCUGUGUGCUUGAGGGCAUGGCGGUAGAUGACUCUUCCAAUGCCCCUGCAGCGUCUGAGGAAGAAGAGGUACAGCGGCUUCUUCAGCUGCUGCAGAACAUGGCCGGUCCUGUGCUGCGGGACGAUGCAGCAGGCAGCAGCAUGCGGUGCGUACAGCACAUCUCUCGGAUGUCUCUGGAUAACACCAACAGCAGCAACGGCACCGAGGCUGGGGGCCCCAGUGUCUCCGCAGCUACAGUGUGGCUGUAUCGUCGAUCCCUGCUGGACUUUGACUUCUACGAGAACGAGGAUGUGAUGCAGCAGCAGAGAGAGCAGCAGCAGCAACAACAGCAGGAGCCGCUGCUGCCAGAGUCGCGCAGCCGGAGACUGUCUCCUGAUCGGAGGCAGCUGUUGGAGGAAGCUCUAAGGGCCCCGCUGCCUCAGGCUUCUCUGCUGUCUCUGCUUCGUCUCCUAGAAGUUCUAGACGGUCUCCCGUUGCAGCUGCCGCUGAAGGGUCGCGUUGCUGCGCUGCUGCUGCAUGCAGUCGAUUGGGCAGUGCGGGCUAGGGAAGCCAUCUGUUUCCUUCCGAGGGAUGGAUAUCGCCGCCCGUGGACUCGUCUCGACGCAGCCACAGAUCCGCUUGUCCCGGUGUCUCGGCAGCUGCUGCGCCACCACUUGCUGCUGGCAGAUGACUCUGGAGAGCAGCAACAACUGCAGCAGCAAGAGCAGCAACAGCUAGUGCCUGGUACCGCGCCUGCUGAAGUGGCCCAGAAGCCGGAGCCAAGGCUUUCCGUUUCAUCUGACCCUGAACAGCAGCAGCAGCAGCAACAACAGCAACAGCAACAGCAACAGCAGGAGGCUGAAUCCUGUAAUGAGUGGUUUAUCGCAGCGGAACCAGCUGUGUGCUUGACCCCCAUUCAGCGUGCCUUUGUCCAGCUGCAGGAGGCUGCGCUGCUGCUGCACGCGGAGCCAGCUGAGGUUUGUCUACUAUGCAGCAAGCCGCUGCAGCAGCAGGACUCCCCGCAGCACCCAUGUUUAGUGUACAGGCAGCACUAUAACAGGCGGCAGCAACUUCGAGCAGUUUUAGGAUGCAAAGUCGAUGACCCUGCUGCUGUAGCAGAAGCAGCAGCAGCAGCAGAAGAAGCUUAUAUGCAACAACAGCAGCUGCUGCUACCCCUUGACGAAGAUGGAAUGGGUGGCUGGAUCAGCUGCAGCUACUGCAGCAGGAGAUUCCACGUUAAUUGCGUGUCGCAGCUUGCGAGCAAACAGCAGCAUUCGGAGAGUGAGAGCGCAGCGGCUGCUGUUGCUGCUGCCUCGACCCCAGGGGUUGGCAGCAGCAGCGGCAGCGUGCUGUUGCUGCCUCCACCCCCCGAUUGUGGGGGCCCGUGGGUAUGCGUGGGGUGUACAGCCAGGGGGGCUGGAGCAGCAGCGACAUUACAGGACUUUGUGCUACGACUGCUGCGGGAAGCAGCAACUUUGCCGGUGCAGCACGUGCUACUGCAGGAACGCGAGGCGCUGCAGCAACGCAUAUGUUUGCUGCGCCUGUGGGUUCGAGACGCUCUAAAGAUGUUGCUUGAGUUGCCAGCUCCAAACUGCAUCUUCCGGGUGUCUGAGGAGGUGCAGCAGGAGCGGGUGCAGCACAGGCUUCAGCUCGAAGACGAGGCACCUGCUGCGUCGUCAGAUGCAGCCACUGCUUCGGAUGCUGUGGUGUCUGCUGCUGCAGCAGACGUGUCAGCUGCAUCAGGUGCAGCUGCGGCUCAGCAAGAAGAGCAAUCAGCACCUCUGCACACUGCUGCAGACACGGGGGGGCAGCAGCUUCAGCAGCUCGGGAGAGGAGCAGAGACACAAGACAUGGACGAAGGGUACAGUGCGAUGCAGCAGCAGCAGCGGACGGAAACAGGGGCUCCUCCGCCGCAGGAUGAGGUGCAGCAGCAGCAGCAGAAGCAAAUGGAGCUGCUUCUAUGCACCGGAGUAGAGCCUGCAACCCGCGACGCAGCAGAAGAAGAGACUGCGGAGAGCCGCCACCUGGAGGCUGCAGCAGGUGAACUAAAGGAUGGCGCAGCAGCAGAAGCAGCAAGUAUGCGGGGCCGCAAAGCAGCAGCAGCAGACCGCAACACACGAACACGCAGCGGUGCACUGAGGACAGCUUCGGCGCGAGAUUUGCUGCUGAUGUCAAAGAAGACAGGGAUUAAGAAAGGCCCCUACGGCAGGACGCCUCGCCCCGGCCCUGGGAGAGGACGGGGGAGGGGAGCCCACCACGGAGCAGGAGCAAGGGCCUACUUGGGUGCAGCCGGGUCUAGGAGUGCUGCUGCUCAGCAGCUACCGGCCGCAGCAACAGCAGCAGGGGGAGCUGCAGCGGCAGCAGCAGCCGCAGCUGCUGCUGCCGCUGCUGAAGAAUACGAUGAAGAGGUCGCUGCGCAAAGACGCAAACAUGGGGAGACAGUUGAAGAUUUAUUGAUGGGAUGCAUCGUCUCUGCCGGACAAGGGGGUGCGAGAGAUGUAACAGAAGAGGACCUGGAUGAAGAUUUAGUUAUUGCCCUUCCCCGUGGUCUGGGGUGCCUGUACACCCGAGCGCGGAGGCGAAGAGACGAGGGCCUUCCCCUCGAUUUACUAGCCCUCUCUGUGCUGCUUGCCACUGGGGUUCUCUGUGGAUUGGGCUCUGUCUCCGAGCUGUCACUUCUUGGCCGUCUCCUGGUGCGACUGCAGGAGUGGGCUGCUGCGCUGCGCUUCCUGACAGAGACACUUCCGCAGCUGCGGAGCGGCAGUAGCAACGGCGCAGCAGCUCCAAGUGAACCGCUACCAAGUGUCUCCAUUGGGGCGCUGCAGCUGCUGCUCACCGAAGCGAGGCCUUGUCCCCGCAUUCGGGUCCCCUGCAGCUUAGCAGCUGAGCAACUGCUGCUGAAGGGGCAGCAAUUGCAGCAGCAGAUGGUUGUUGCGCUGCUUCAGGCAGAGCGGGACGCAGCUGAGCAGCUGAAGCAACACGAAUUGUUGCAACAGGCGCAGAAGCGCCGCGAGCAGCUUCUGCAGCUGCAGCCACAGCAACAGCUCCAGUUGGGCGACGCUGGUGGGCAGGAACAUGGAAUAAGGGAAGAGCUGCAGCAAGUUGAGGCGAGUGUGGCAGCAGCAGAGACAGCGCAUGCAGCAGCCGAAGCAGCAGUUGGCAGGAGUAACCAGCAGCUGCUCGAUCUGGAGCAACAGCUGCACAGCAGCGGUAUUGGUGGGCUCCAGUAUGAGCCGCUGUUCCACGAACUCGUUGCUGCCUGCGCCUGGCAGCGGGAGGCGGAGGCCCUUGCAGCUUGUAUCGAAAUGGAGUCUGAUGCCACACGCCAGCAGCAGCAGCAGCAGCAACCCGGACUUGUGAGCAGCCCAAAACCCCUUCCCCCAGCAUACCGCAACACUGCUCACCUAUGGCGGAUGGUGCAGGUGUACGAACCACUGCGUCACAAGUGCAAUGCCCGCAUCAAAGCACAGGAAGAGCUUCAGCAGCAGCAGCAACAACAACAACAACAGCAACAACUGCAGCAGCAAGAGCAGCAGCAGGAAAUGCAGCAAGAACAGCAACAGCAACAGCAGCCUGGAGAAGCACAUGGAUCCAGACAGUCUGCAACUGAAGAGGAUGCGAAGCAGUUGGAACUGGCCCCUCUGGCAGCAUGCAGCAAACGAUUCCUUGUAGUGGGUGCUCCCAUCCUGUCUUUGUUGCGGUCAACUUUAGAGCGCGUGUUGGAGUUUGAAAAGAGGGUGAGAGAACUGCAGGUUGUGGGGCCCUUGCCUCAGCUGGUGCUGACGGAGGGAGGAUCAGCAUCAGCUGCGGUGGUUCUACCUGCCACAAAGGGACCAGCUGCGCUGCUGCCGCAAAAUUCCCAGCAGCAGCAACAGCAGCAGCAGCCACAGCAGCCGCAGCGGUUGUCGUGGGCUGAGUGGCUCUCUCUAGUUGAAGGCGCCAAUAACUUGGGGCUGGAUGUUGAGUCAGCAACUCUUGUGAAGCAGCUGCAUGCACGGGCCCUGAUAUUGCAGCAGAAAGUGCAAAAUGCUGUUGCAGCGCAGCCGAUCUCUAGUCUAGAGGCAGCACGUGCGAUGCUUGUGGAGGCCUCUAACUUGCCGGUGGAAACGGGAGGCAUUGGUGCAGUCUCUGCUGCCAUUGCUGCUGUCGACGCCUGGGAGCAGAAGGCAGAGGCGGCCUUGCAGCAGCUGCAGCAGCAGCUCCAGCUGCAGCAGCUGCAGCAGCGUUGCGGGCUGCCGCCGCAGCAGUUGCUGCAGUUGCAGCAAAGCCAAGCCCCGCGAACAGAGGCUCUUUGGACCCUCAUAGAAGAGGCUUCGAAGCUACCGAUUCUCCCUGACGGAAUCCCGGCGUAUAUACGCCUUAAGAAAGCUGCGGAGGAAGCGGAUAAAAAGCUGCUAAGCGACAGAAACGUGGCGCAGCAGCUGCUGCUUUUGCAGCAACUCAAGGAUGCUGCUGCUGCUCCGGCAGCUGACGCCGCGUUGCAGCAGCAACAGCAGCAACUGUUGCUGCUACAGAAGGGACUUCAUUCUGCCGCAACAGCUGCGGCUGCAUCAUCAGGGGAGCCAUCUGCAUUGCUCCAAGCGCAGCAACAGCCGCAGCAGCAAACUUUCCAGCAGCCGUUGCCGCAACAGCAGCAACAAAACCAACCUAUGCUGCAGGCCGGAGCUCUUGGCCUCAUAAUGCAGCAGCUGGCGCAGAGACAUGUAGGCGCGGAGAGGGGCUUGAUGUUCAACCUGCCAUUGGCCCAGCAGCUCCAGCACUUGCACCAGACGCAGCAGCAACUGCAGCAGCAGCUGCUUCAGCAGCAGCAGCAGCCGCAGAAUAAUCACCAUAGGCAGCAACAACUGCAGCUUCAGCAAUAUCAAGUGCAGCAAAAGCUGCAGCAGAAUCAGCAGCAGCUUCUGCAGCAGUUGCAGCAGCAACCGCAGCAGCACCAGCAGCUGUUGCAGCAGCUGGAGCAGCAGCAACAGCAGCAACUGAUCUCUCAGCAGCAGCAGCAGCAGCUACUGCAGCAACAACGGGGCGGUAGAGGCCGUGGCGGGGGUAGCAGGGGCAGCAGCACCAGCAGUAGUAGGCAGAAACGCAGGUCCCCCUCCGCUGCAGACGCCUGGAGUGCAGCAGCAACAUCGGCUGCAGCGCCCACUUCAGUGGCGCAACCUUUACAGCAUCAAGGCGUACCUCCUCAUUUGCUACUGCAACAGCAGCAGCAAAUGCCUCCCAGUUCGGCUGCUGCUGACAGGGAGCAGCCGAUGCCACCCGUGCAACUGUGA